CCCAGAGCGAGGCUCUCUGGGGCAGGACUACUGGAAGUUUCUCUAUGCCCUGGAGGGGAAUGGGAGGUUGUAUGCUGGAGAGAAGAGUACCCUCCCCUCUGAGCCUCAGUUUCUUCAUCUGCACAGUGGACCCCCAUCAGAAUGGGUCGGCUGGGGCACAGGUGAGGAAGCGAGGAGGCAGCCCUCACAGAGGACCCGGGAGCUUGGGAAGCUGGGGGUGCAGGUCCAGCAGAUAGAAAGCCCAAAGCCAGUUGGCUGAAGCCCAGAGCAGCGGUGCCUAGCCCCGAUAGCAUGUGGGCGCUCCUGCUGCUGUGGCCCCUGGCACUGGGACUCAGCCUUGAGGGUAGCACCCAGACCCCCAGUGUCUACGAUGAAGGCGGAAGCACCAGCGGAGGAGAUGAUGGUCCCCUGGGAUCUUGGACCAUGCCCCGGGGGGCGACACUUUGCCCACCACAGGGCCCACGCAGCUUCCCAGGCUGGCUCUGUGCCAACAACAGCAACACUCUGGAGCUUUGGGACAACUCUCGGGCACUGCUGCUGGGCUGGGUGCCCACAAGGCUGGUGCCCGCUCUCUAUGGGCUGGUCCUAGUGGUGGGGCUGCCCGCCAACGGCCUGGCACUAUGGGUACUGGCCACGCGAGUGCCUCGGCUGCCAUCCACGGUGCUGCUCAUGAACCUGGCAGCUGCUGACCUGCUGCUAGCUCUGGCCUUGCCACCCCGCAUCGUCUACCAUCUUCGGGGCCAGCGCUGGCCCUUUGGUGAGGUCGCCUGUCGCCUAGACACAGCCGCACUCUAUGGCCACAUGUACUGCUCCGUGCUACUGCUGGCUGCCAUCAGCCUGGACCGCUACCUGGCUGUGGUACACCCACUGCGGGCCCUCGCCCUGCGAGGCCCGCACCUGGCCAUGGGGCUUUGCACCGUGGCCUGGCUGGUGGCAGCUACCCUGGCACUGCCCCUGGGGCUGCAGCAGCAGACCUUCCGGCUGUCACACUCAGACCAUGUGCUCUGCCAUGACGUACUGCCCAUGGGUAUCCAGGGCUCCUACUGGCGACCCACCUUCAUCUGCCUGGCUGUGUUCGGCUGCCUCCUGCCCCUGCUGGCCAUGAUCCUCUGCUAUGGGGCCGCCCUGUGUUCACUGGCCUCUGGGGGCCAGCGUUACAGCCACGCGCUGAGGUUGACUGCGCUGGUGCUGGCCUCGGCCCUGGUCUUCUUCACCCCCAGCAACGUGCUGCUGCUGCUGCACUACUCGGAUCCAGGCCCGGAGGCCUGGGGGAACCUGUAUGCUGCCUACGUGCCCAGCCUGGCACUCAGCACCCUCAACAGCUGCGUGGACCCCUUUGUCUACUACUAUGUGUCGACCGAAUUCAUGGACAAAGUGCGGGAGGUGAUGCUGCGCUGGGUGCUGAGUUCCACCACAGCCUCCAGGGAGCAGGGCAGCCCAGGAACGGGCACCAAGCUCUCAUCACUUGUGUGACAGCCCCUCAGGAGACAGGCAACAAAAAGGGGUUGUACUGGAUUGAAUAGGUUCUCCCCCUAAAUUCAUGUCCACCAGGAACCUCUAAUGAGCUUGUCUGGAAAUAGGGUCUUCGUUUGGAAAUGGAUGUAAUUAGUGAAGAUGAGGUCACACAGGGGUAGGGUCAGCCCUAAAGUUUAUAUGACUAAUGUCCUUAUAAGAAGGCAGAAACACAGGGAAGAAGGCCACGUGACCAUGGAGUUAGCGAUCUUGGCCACGAGCUAAGAACACCAAGGACUGCUGGCGGCCGCCAGGAGCCUGGACAGCGGCCUGGGAGGGACUCCCCACCAGGUCCUCCAGGGGACCCAACCUUGCUGAUACCCUGAUAUUAGACUUCUGGCUUCCAGAAUUGAGACAAUAAAUUUGUUGUUUUAAGUCA